GCCCCGGCGGCGGGAUGAGCGGGCGGGCAGAGGUUAAAGUGAAAAUACCUUUUGGAAACAAAUACCUUGAUGCUAUCUUUUCUGUCCCAAAGAAGAAAUCAACAUAUGGAGUGAUUCUUACCCAUGGAGCUGGAGGAGAUAUGAAUUUCCCUCAUUUAGUGUCUUUGGCAGCUUAUCUUGCAUCCCAUGGAGUUCUGUGCCUGCGAUUUACUUGUAAAGGCCUUAACAUUGCCUAUAGGACUAAGGCCUUCAAAACAGUUGUGGAAUACUUAAAGCUUUCUGAUGAUUAUAAACUUUUGGGUGUCUUCCUUGCAGGCCGUUCCAUGGGCUCACGAGCUGCUGCCUCUGUGAUACGUCAGCUUAGCCAGGAUGAUGAUGAUGACUUCAUUCAAGGUCUAAUAUGUUUAUCUUACCCGUUGCAUCGACCAAAACUUCAGUCCAAGCUACGGGAUGAAGAUCUAUUAUUCAUAAGGUGUCCAGUGCUGUUUGUCUCGGGAUCAGCAGAUGAAAUGUGUGAAAAACAAUUGCUAGAAGGUGUGGCAAGCAAAAUGAAAGCCCCUAAGAAAAUCCAUUGGGUUGGUAAAGCAAACCAUGGGAUGGCAGUCAAAGGACGGACAACAGAGGAUGUCAUGGAAGAAAUAAAUGCCCAAGUUUUUUCUUGGCUUAGAGAGAAUAUUGAACUGGAGCACGAAUGAUUUGCAGUAUCUUCAUUUAGCUGUUCCUAAAUGUGGCAGAUUAGUUUAUUUCUGAGAGGUGUUGUUUUUUUAAAACAGGUGUUUUCAGAGGUCUGAGUGUAAAUGCAAAUAAAACUUUUUUUGUAUGAAUGAAAAAAAAUGCAAAACAAUAAAGAACUUUUUAAAGGAAGGAAAAAA